GGAGGCGUCGGUAAGUUCGAGGCGGGAGGGGGCGUCGGGGCAAUCUGCCGCCAUCCGCUCCGGCGGGGGGUUUGUCGCGGUCGGUAGAAGGUGGGCGGGGCUGGCGGGGGCCUGGGCUCCGCCGGAGGGGGGCGAGGUCGCCCGGGAAAGGAAGGGGGGGCUCUGUGGGGUGCCGGGCUCAGCCAGGCCGCCUGUGGUGCGAAGUCGCGCGUUUUACUCUCGCGAGACCGGAGUCCUUUCUCGCUUCAGCCCCCUUUUCUCCACGUGCGCGCUUGACUUCCGCAUGCUUUUUCUUCUCUCCAGAGAUGGGCAAGUUUAUGAAACCUGGGAAGGUGGUUCUUGUCCUGGCCGGACGUUAUUCAGGCCGGAAAGCCGUCAUCGUGAAGAAUAUUGAUGAUGGCACAUCAGACCGGCCAUAUAGUCAUGCUCUGGUGGCAGGAAUUGACCGCUACCCACGCAAAGUGACAGCCAGUAUGGGCAAGAAGAAGAUUGCCAAACGGUCCAAGAUCAAGUCAUUUGUGAAAGUCUACAAUUACAACCACUUGAUGCCCACAAGAUAUUCUGUUGAUAUUCCCCUGGACAAAACUGUUGUCAACAAGGAUGUAUUUAGGGACCCUGCACUGAAACGCAAGGCACGACGAGAAGCUAAAGUGAAAUUUGAAGAAAGAUACAAGACAGGCAAGAACAAGUGGUUUUUCCAGAAGCUGCGAUUCUAAAUUGCAUGUAGCUGAACCAAUAAAUUCUUUUGAAAAACU